AUGUUAAUUGUCCUUCCAUUUUUUCUUUCUUUCUUUCUUUCUUUCUUUCUUUCUAACAUUCUCUUUCCCUUUUAUUUUUGUUUUCUUUCUUUCUUUCUUUGCAAUAACAAAAGUUAUAAUAUUUUCUUUCUUUUUGCAUUAAUUUCUUCUCUUUCUGAUAUUUGUUUUCGUUCUUUCUUUUUUUCUUUUUUUAACAAUAAUAAUAAUUUCUUUCUUUUUGGUAUUUGUUUUGUUUCUUUCACCCUUUCUGUCUUUUUUGGCAAUAAUUUAAAAUUUAAUAUCAUCCUUCUUUUCUUCUUACCUUCUUUCUUUCUUUCUUUCUUUCUUCCUUCCUUUCAUUCUUUUUUCUUUCAUUCUUCUUUCUUUCUUUCUUUCUUUCUUUCUUUCUUAUUUGCAUUAAAUUGUUUUCUUUCUAAUAUCUGUUAUCCUAUGUUUUUUCUUAUUUUCUUUCUUUAUAUUUUCAUUCCUUUAUUUACAAUAAUUUAA